AUGCAGGAGAUCCAAUGUGUAGCCAGGGAGUACAUUAAUGACGAAGAAGUCAGUCAGGUCAUGGCUACCAACAAGCGGCAACACUCUUACAAUCAGGCCCGACAUCACGGGAGCGGAGAAAGACAAAAAGAACACACCAGGGACGGUGGUCCGAGUAAAACUCCCGGGCCGUUCUCUCGUGUCGGGAAGUUCACUAAUUACACCCCCCUCACCACACCGAUUAUGGAAGUCUACCAACAAAUAGCCGAGAAGGGGAUCUUGUCGAAGUCCCGACCUCUGAAGGAACGAACAGGAGGGAACAAAAGCCUUUACUGUGAUUACCACAAGGGCCACGGGCACAAGACAGAGGAUUGCUUCGACCUGAAGGACGCAUUGGAGCAAGCGAUCAAGGACGGAAAGUUAGCCGAGUUCUCCCACCUCAUUAGGGAGCCAAGGAGACGGAACCGAGACCAUGAAGGCGAAGACAAGACCGGUGCAGCAAAGCGACGCCAAGAGCCAGAGGACCACGACCACAACCUUACCAUAGUGAACAUGGUAACGGCGAGAAACGUGGCACCCAGGUCCAAGUCGGCACAUAAGAAGGACGUCAAGGUCCUGGCGGUUUUCGCAUCCUCCGCGCGAAGCCACAAGAAGCUUCCGUCCAUUUCUUUUAGCCCGAACGACCAAUGGUUCAACGAGGUCACGGAAAGCCCUCCCAUGGUCAUUACGGCCAGAGUGGGAACCGGCCUCGUCAAGCGGAUCCUUGUUGAUACAGGGGCAGAUUCGAACAUCAUGUUCCGCAAUAUAUUCGACGCCUUGGGUCUAAAAGACGCCGACUUAAAGACUCACCAACACGGUGUUGUAGGGCUCGGCGACCACUUCAUCAAAACGGACGGGAUAAUCUCCCUGCCGACCUCAGUCGGACAAGGCCAGGAGAGAAGAACGGUAAUGGCAAAGUUCGUGAUCCUACGAGACUCUAUGGCCUACAACAUCAUCCUAGGGAGGAAGACCAUCAAUGACCUAGGGGCGGUCAUCAGCACGAGGAUGCUGAUAAUGAAGUUCAUAACUGAAGAAGGAUCAGUAGGGUCCAUAAGGGGAGACCUGAAAACGGCAGUCGCUUGCGACAACGCCAGUCUCUCAUUAAGAAAGAAAUCCAAAGAAGUAUCAGGAGUGUUCCUCACCGACUUGGAUGCCAGAGUCAGCGACAAGCCGAGACCCGAACCAGAAGGGAACCUAUAA